AUGAUGGUCACCUCGCCCCAGCUGGCCGCAGCAGGCACCGUGCUCGGCGUGGUCUCGCAUCUGGCAUACUUCAUCCACGGCGAACACCACCGUCAGGCCUUCCAGUAUUUUGUCGCCUUUUUCACCUUCCCCGUCAUUGCGACCGCCGCGCAGCAGCUCGCUCUGGGCAUCCCCUUCGUGGCCGCCGUUCAGCAGACCACCAUCUUCUACGCCACCUACCUGACGGGACUGUACUCGAGUGUUUUCCUCUACCGAGCGUUUUUCCACCGACUCCAUUCGUUCCCGGGCCCGUUUGGCGCAAAGAUCUCGAAACUGUGGCACGUCUGGAAUGUCGCGCCGACCAUUAAAAAUUACAAGUUUUUGACCCGCAUGCACCAGAAAUACGGGACUUUUGUUCGCACCGGACCAUGUGAAGUCUCCACGAUCCAUCCCGACGCCAUCGAAGUGCUCUACGGAGCUGGCUCCAAAUGCACCAAAGGCGCCGGCUAUGAGAGCAACUCGGACUUGACUUCGAUGCAUCAGGCAAGGUCAAGAGUACAUCAUGACAUGCGACGCAAAGCGUGGGCUCGUGGCUUCACUCAAAGCUCACUGCGAGACUACGAACCUCGUGUCGAACGCUACACACAAAGCCUCGUCGAACAGAUCCGGGCCUUUUCCGGCCAGCCAAUCAAUGCCGCACAGUGGUUCAACUACUACAGCUUCGAUGUCAUGGGGGAUCUCGCCUUCGCCAAGGACUUUGACAUGCUCAAGAACGGGCAGAAGCACUGGGCCAUCGAGAUCCUCAACGGCGGACAGCGCGGGAUCGGCAUCUUCGGACCAGUCCCCUGGCUGUUCAUCAUCAUGAGCAACAUCCCGCCGGUGGUCAAGGAGUUCAAAAAGUUCAUCAAGUUCUGCGAGGACAUGAUGGAGGAGAGGAUGAAGAUGAAGGUCGACAGACCGGACAUCUCCUCUUGGAUCUUGCAGUCGCCGCCCAUGACGGGCACCCAUUUCAGCGAAAAGGCCUGGCUCACCGGCGACACGCGGCUCAUUAUCGUGGCCGGAAGUGACACCACGGCGGCGACGCUGACCCACCUUUUCUACCAUCUGGCCAAAGAUCAAUCCCAGCUCGAACUGCUGCGGGAAGAGGUUGAAUCUUUGAAGGGCGACCUUGACGCCUCCAAGUUGGUGACUCUCAAGCAUUUGAACGGCGCGAUCAAUGAGGCCCUUCGACUUCACCCGCCUGUCCCCAGUGGAGUUGCCCGCCUCACGCCCCCAGAAGGCAUCACCAUCGGAGGCACAUACAUUCCCGGUGGUGUCAAUAUACUGGCGCCUUCAUAUCCCUUGUUUCGAUCCCCAGAAUGUUACGAACACCCAGACGAAUUCAUUCCCGAGCGAUGGUAUAGCAAGCCAGAAUUGCUGAAGCGCAGCGAUGCGUUUGCUCCUUUCCUGAUCGGGCCGUAUUCAUGUAUCGGCAAACAGCUUGCCUUGAUGGAGAUCCGCUCUGUGACUGCCCAAAUCCUCUUGAACUUCGACGUCUCAUUCGCGCCCGGUGAGGACGGAACCACACUGCUGGAGAAGACGCUGGACACUUUUACGAUGGAGCUGGCACCGUUGAACCUGUGCUUCAAGCCGCGGAAGCAGGAGGUCGAGGCUUGA